UCAAAUGUCAUUUUCGCGUUUGGAGUUUGACAUUUGACAGCUCUUUUAAAAUUUGGCAAUUUUAGGCUGAGACCAUAAUGGCGAAGCCCAAAGGUGAGAGGAAAGGCAAGUCCGCCAUCAACGAAGUUGUAACUCGUGAAUAUACAGUGAAUUUACACAAACGCCUUCAUGGCGUAGGAUUCAAGAAACGCGCACCUCGCGCUAUCAAGGAGAUCCGCAAAUUCGCCGAAAGUCAAAUGGGAACCCCUGAUGUUCGUGUUGACACCAGGCUAAACAAAUUCCUUUGGUCUAAGGGAGUCAGAAAUGUUCCCUUCAGGGUCCGCGUAAGGCUAUCACGCAGACGAAAUGAUGAUGAAGACUCAGCACACAAACUGUUCACAUUGGUGACAUACGUGCCAGUUGCCUCAAUCAAAGGUCUGCAGACAGAAAAUGUUGACGCUAGCCAGGAAUAAAUAUUAAGUUAAGCCUA